ACCACAUAAAUCUAAGAGCAAGGAAAAGCAAACAUGGCUUCUGCAUCAGAGAUUGCAGCAAAGUUGAAUCUUGUCCCAAACCCUGAAACUUUCAGAGACACCUCCAUCUUCCUCUCCAAAUCUCUUCUUCCUCCUCCAUACAAAGUUGAUCGUGAAGUAAGCACAUGUAUUUACUUCAUCCUACAAUCUGGAAGUGUGUCUUGUCUUCAUCGAAUACCAUGUGCUGAGAUCUGGCAUUUCUCUCUGGGAGAACCUCUUACGGUAAUCGGUAACACGAAAUUUCUUGGUCUUUUUGUUCUGAAUGAGUAAUGAAAGCAUGUUUGAUACAGAUGAUAGAGCUGGACGGGAAAGAUGGGUAGGUAAAACUAACAUGUCUUGGACCUGAUAUAGUAGAUAAUCAGAGGGUGCAAUAUACUGUACCUCCAUAUGUUUGGAUUGGUGCAUUUCCAACAAAGGAUCUUCACAUUUCCAGUGAUGGGGGAGUUACCAGAGCUGAACCAAGAGGUCCUGAGGCUCACUAUUCCCUUGUGGGCUGCACCUGUGCACCUGCCUUCCAGUUUCAAGAGUUCGAGCUUGCAAAACGGUCCGAGUUUGUCGCUAGCUUUCCCUAUUACAAGCCUAUCAUUUCUUUUCUCACCCUUCCUG